AUGGCCGACGCCUCCUACGACCUCAUCAUCGUCGGCGCUGGCGUUGUCGGCAGCGCUCUCGCUUACGGUCUGUCCUCCUCUCAGCCUCACCUUCGCAUAUGCCUGCUUGAGCGCUCCCUCGCCGAGCCGGACCGCAUCGUAGGGGAGCUCCUGCAACCCGGCGGUGUCCGCGCGCUUGAGGAGCUCGGGAUGAAGGACGCGCUGGACGGCAUCGACUCCUCGCCAACGUACGGGUACUGCGUCAUGGACACGAAGGAGGGGACGCAGGUGCAGGUCCCGUACCAAGACGGGAAGAUCGGCGCGUGCUUCCACCACGGGCGCUUCAUCAAUGCGCUGAGAGCGAAGGUCGCGCAGCGGAACAGGGGACAAUUACGCGCGGGCGGCAUCGACAUGCUUGAGGCGACGGUCUCGGAGCUCAUUACGGAAGACGACGCGCCGGAUGUCGUCCUCGGCGUGCGCGCGACGCGGAAGACGGAGGACGGAGGCGUUGAGAAGGUGGUCUAUCGUGCUCCCCUUACCGUCAUCUGCGACGGCUGCUUCUCGAACUUCCGCAACACCGUUCUCGGCGAGGAACGUUCCCUCAAGCCCACCGUGCGCUCGCACUUCGUAGGGCUCGUCGUUCGCGGCUUGAACCUUCCCUACAAGCAACACGGCACCGUCGCCCUUGUUCAGGGACACGGUCCCAUCCUCAUGUACCAAAUUGACACUGCAGGGCGUGGGGAGGACGCGCCUGGCACUCGCAUGCUCGUGGACGUGCGCAACCCCUUCCCAGAUGACUUGAAGGAUCACAUCGCCUCGCAGCUCGUUCCCCAGCUCCCCGAGACCCUGCGUGGCAGCAUCCUUGACGCGCUCAACGACCCCGGCGCCCGCCUUCGCCGUAUGCCGAACUCUUUCCUCCCGCCCGCCCCUCAGCACACAUUCAGCCCGAGCCACCUCACUCUCCCCCUCUACAUCCUUUACACGAUUCUCUGGCCCUUCAUCUCUCUUUUCACCCUCUCUUCGUCGAUUGCGCAACCUGCACCGGCAACGAAGGACGGCAAGCCUGCUCCAAGCACGGCCCGCAAGCGCGGGGUCAUCCUCGUCGGCGACGCGUAUAACAUGCGGCAUCCGCUAACUGGAGGAGGGAUGACGGUUGGGCUGCACGACGCGGCGAUUCUGAUGCGCCUUCUUGGCGAUCUCGCUGCCCCAAAACAUGAAAACCUCGACAUUUUGCGUACAGGAUGUAUGCGCUACUUUCAGCGCGGCGGCAAGUGCGUCUCGGAGCCUGUAGGCAUACUCAGCGGCCUCAUCCCCUCGCCCCUCCUCCUCAUGCAACACUUCUUUGCCGUCGCAUUCUACGCCAUUCACAUCAUGUGGACCACGCCAGACGCGAAAACGGGGAAGACGCGCUCUGCACUUGGGAACGUUGUGAAGGGGAUCUCGGUGCUCCGCACCGCAUGCAUUGUCUUCCUUCCGCUUCUUUGGACGGAAGUGCGCUGCUGGGCGCCUGGCGCGAUCGACAAAUCGCUACGACCUCUCUUCCUCGUUGCACUGGCGGCGACGGCGGCGUACAUAAUCCCGUCAACGGGACUCUUGCGCGACUUGACCGCGCCGGUCGCAGCUGCGAAGGGGGCAUAG